CUUAAUCACUUUAGGUACCUAAGCUAUGCGCACGGCUGAGCACCCAGCCGACGCCAUUGUCAUCACCUUAAUUAGGAGGUAAUCGAGGGCUUUGCAAACUCUUUCGCUAUGCGGUCGGCCCUAGCUGAGUCCGGAGUUACACUGUCACAUAUCAUCUAUGCGCUCCAGCGCUCUUGUUCUACCAUUUAUCCAGGCCCUUUUGCUGCUAAAAUUACGGAUGCUUAUAAUGGUUUCUAUGCAUUUCAAAGACGACUCCAUCUAAAAGCACGACAGAACUAGUUAAUAUAACGGAGCGAUCUAAAUACUUAGGGAUUAAUAUCGCCGGUCUUCUCGGAUUCAGAUUCGACCUUGGCCUCCAGAAUAACGAGGAGAAUAGAUUCAUGUUCCAUAUGCUGCACGCCGGGUCGCUCUGGAGUAGCAAUUUUUUUGCAUUGGCCCAAUUCCCGCAGGUUCCGACUUGGAUUAACCAGCUUGCGAGUUUUCCGUCAGUUGAGAGGGAAAUACCUCUCUGUGGUGGAGAGGAUGAUCGCUUCUCGUCAAAGACAGGAUAAGGAUGCUCAAUGUGACCU